AUGCGAGCCUCCAUCCGUGCCUGCCUUCUCUUCGCCGUUGCUGCCAUCGUGGCGCUUCAGGUUGCCCAGCCCGUCUCGGCUGGUCUCGUUGACCGUGAGGUCUUCGAGAACAUCACCCCCUCUCUGUACGACCUUGACCGCCGACAGGAGGGUGGCACUGCCGUGCCCAGCUCGACCUCGACCGGCCCUGCUCCCACCGCCACCAUCGGUGCCGGUUGCCAGAACCCUAGCGACUGUGUCUCUGGUCACUGCUCUCGUUCCGAGAACAGGUGCUUGCCCGCUCCCGGCAACGGCAACAUCAACGACUUCUGCACGCGUGACUACCAGUGCACCGGUGGUGCUUACUGCUACCGUGGUUCGUGCCAGUACAUCAAGCCCAACGGAUCCAACUGCUACAAGGACUCGGGCUGUGCUUCGUCCAACUGCUACAAGAAGGUUUGCCAGCCCCGUCGCAACGUGGUCAACGGUGAGCGCUGCACCCAGUCGCUCCAGUGCCAGGAGGGUUCGUUCUGCAACCGAUCGCGCUGCGCUACCCUCGCUGCCAACGGCCAGUACUGCUACAAGAACCAGGGCUGCACCAGCGGCGUCUGCAACUCCAACAGGUGCUCGUCGUCCGGUCUCGCUCGUCUUGGUCAGCGUUGCUCGGCCAACUCCAACUGCCGCUCCGGCUCGUGCUUCAAGGGUGCUUGCCGUGCUAAGCGCAACGCUGGUCAGCCUUGCUCCGUCAACGCUACUUGCUUCAGCAACCGCUGUGUCAACCAGGUCUGCCAGUAA